GCAGAACCUCAAACCCCCACGAUGACAAAAUUUGAGCGCCAAGCGCAAUCGCAACCGAAACACGGACCGCCCUCGGUGAGCAGCGCCCCCAAGGCAACACUGCUGCCGACCAGUCGGCCAGAAUGGAAAGGCACAGGGCGAAGUAAGAAGGCCGUCCGGCGGCCUGCUGUCCCUGUUCACAGUCCUGCACAAACCCUGCAAGAGCAGAUCCUGCCAACUCAACUUCAGCAGCUGAUACUGGACACCAUCCGGGCCACAUUUCCUGCCUCCAACGACUUCGACGCGUUGAAACCGGCACUACGUGAGAUCAAGGACUCGAUAGCCCAGCACGACUUCAACAAGGCGUUCGCAACCAAGGAAUUGUUAGAGGCCUAUGCAAUCCGCUGGAGCCCAAGUAGAGCACUCGCAUAUGCAAAUGUGCUCGCUUGGGUUCUCCAGGAGAUGAAGGGGGAUGGAUGGGUGGAACGAUGUACCUGUCCGGAUGGCCAGAACCAAGCAAAAGUUGUGUGCUUUGGGCGAGGCGGUGCAGAAUUCAUGGCACUUGCCGCACUGACAAAACACCUCGAGCCGGGGAAGACAGACGAUGCUGGCCAGCCGCCGCCAGAAUCAGUUGACGAGAUGCUUCAGGAAGUCGGUUCUCCGUCAACUGCGGAAUCCAAAGCCUCAACACGAUCCACGGCUCGGCUCAAAAUCGCCACUGCUGAUCUCGCAAACUGGUCCAACGUGAUAUCACAGCUCCACAGCUCUCUCACAACACCCCGCCCGCUCUCAAAAUAUGCCACCGCCAAGGCGCGGGCGUCCAAUGCUGCUGCCCUGUCCUCAGAGGAUCUGAACUGGACAUCUACUGGGCUCGAUAUUCUAGCCUGUGGAACUCAAGACUUGAGUGCACUGAUAGGAGCUGACCCGGUGCUUGUCACGCUUUUCUUCACCAUGAGCGAACUAUACUCGCGCUCAGUCGCAAGAACCACAAGAUUCCUGCGACAUCUCACUGCGACUGCGCCGAGAGGAACCUUGUUACUGGUUCUAGAUCAUCCCGAAGCUUCAGUGACGACAAACACGAGUAAAAUGGACAAUGCGGAAGAGGAGAAAACAUACCCCCUUCAUUGGCUCUUGUAUCAAACUCUGCUUCCCCGGAGAGCUCCUGCAGUAAAUGAAGAAAACACUGCGCAAGAACCACAAUGGGAGAAGCUGGUUGAGGAUCACAACCGGCUUUACAAGCUCACCGCAGGUCUUCGAUACCCCGGAAGUUUGGAAAACAUCAAAUUUCAGAUCCAUCUACUUAGACGCUUAUAGGUAGAGAGCACCGAAAUGUUUGCUGCUGAACGCAUGGUAUCUCAUUGUCACCGCCGCCCACAACGGCACGCGGGUCGAUCUCCGCUGGGGAAGAAUGCAGUCACCGCAGGGACCAAGGCACGCAGAUUACCCUUGAGUUACGAAAGUGGCAACCAUGAUUGACAACCACUCCAAUUGUGUCGUGUCGCAGCUGAAGAACCAGGAUCUGGUUUCGCCACGCAGGCAAGUAUGCCAGCACUUGGUCAUGCACUAGUCUACGACGUGUUGCGGACGCGGCAGGCAUCACAAUCCUUCAACAAGUCGCCAAGUUGCAGGAAGGCAGGAACUCCGCAUUAGGCGAUUAAGGCAC